CCCCGUGCCCGGCCUGCGGCGCUGUCCCCCAGCCCGCUCCCCCGCAGCCGGCUCCGGGCCGGGAGCCGCCCCCCUCGGGCGGGGCGUGGGGGGAGCGGAGACGUCAGGCGGGCCGGGGCUUAGCCCGGGCUGCGGCUGAGGCGAAGGAGCAGAGCGUCCCCGCCGCGUGCGCUCCCGGUCGCAGCAUGUCCCAGACCGUGGCUCUGACCGGCCCCUCGCCCUGGGGCUUCCGGCUGGUGGGGGGCAAGGACUUCAGCGCCCCGCUGACCAUCUCCCGGAUUAAUCCUGGGAGUAAGGCAGCCAUGGCUAACCUGUGCCCUGGAGAUAUUAUUCUGGCAAUUAAUGGCGAGAGCACAGAAAACAUGACUCAUCUAGAAGCACAAAACAAGAUCAAAGCAUGUAUGGACCAUCUGAUGCUAUCUGUGAACAGGGCUGAAGGCAAGGCUUGGUCUCCUAAUAUUCUAGAAGAUGGAAAAGCACAAGCUUACCGGAUCAACAUAGAGUCAGAAUCACAGGAUAAUGGGCCCACUCAGAGUCGAAGACCAGUGCCCUAUGCUCCUGGAGGGAGCCCCAGUGACAACAAACAGAUGUUGAACUUACAGUACAAUAAUCCAACGCGACUCUAUCCAAAUAACAAUGUAGAAUCCAGUUUGCCAGCACAGAUGAGUGGGCUCCAUAUUGCUUCGCCACACAGUGCCGACCCAUUAAAACCUCUCCCGAGAAGCAGAAAUGGGAUUGACAUGGAGUCAGAUGUGUACAAGAUGCUCCAGGAUUAUGAAAAGCCAGCUUCGGAGCCUAAGCAGUCUGGAUCAUUCCGGUAUUUGCAGGACAUGUUAGAAGCCGGAGAGAAUGGUGAAAAACUCGACCGGCUGCCUGGCCCAAGAAACAUCAAAUCUCCAGUAUCAAAACUCGGUGGUGCCAUGUCUGGAUUGCAGAUGCUUCCUGAGUGCACCAGAUGUGGAAAUGGGAUCGUAGGGACCAUUGUCAAAGCUCGGGACAAGCUCUACCACCCAGAAUGUUUCAUGUGUAAUGACUGUGGCCUAAACCUGAAGCAGAGGGGAUAUUUCUUCAUCGAGGAGCAGCUGUACUGCGAAACACACGCAAAGGAAAGGGUUAAGCCCCCCGAAGGAUAUGAUGUUGUCGCUGUUUAUCCAAACGCGAAAGUCGAACUUGUCUAAGUGCAUACUCUAUUCCUGGAGAGGUCAUAAGGCAACUCGCCCACCCACACGCACGCCGCUAGUUUUAAAAUAUGUCUGUAAUCAACUCCGAUUACUAGCGUUUCAGUAAAAUGCCUAUUCAGAGAUAAAGCGGUUUACACUGGGGAUCUCAAGGGGAUGGUGUUGAAAGCAUAUUAACAGGUUUUUUCCUUCCUUUUGACGUUCUGCUUUUGGGUUGUCAUGCUGGGUUUUUAAAUAAGUUCUGCCAUGGCUUUGUCCAAGAUCUGUGCAAGUACGGAUUAAUUUUCUACUAUAUUUCAUAUAAAACCAGUAUUCUUUUUUUUUUCCUCUCUCUCUUCAUUUUAAAAUGUAAGGAAAACAUUUUAAAAGCUCAAAGGAAAUAAGGCACUUUAACAAGAGAAACUAACUUUUAUUGCAUUGCUUUAGAUCCAUACCUUUCCGUAACACAUUGCUCUGUGACUGAGUGCUAAAAAAUUGAGACCAGGUGGAAGCUAUGUUCCUGCAAUACAGCACAGUGGUGGGGUGGAAAGAGUUUCAGACAAGAUCUUAUAUUAAGCAGAGAUGACUGUCCUGGGCAAAAAUGAUCUUUUUAAAAAGUAGUCACCUUGAAAUUCACUAGUGCCAUGACAUGGCAUUGACCUGAUCUGCAGAUCUGAUCCAGGUUUCAAUCAAAAAGGCACCGUGUACCUACAUUCUGCUAUAAGGUUUGCUUUUCUGUUUGCUUUUAGUUCCUGGAAUUCUCUGGCAUCUAAUGCUUAGGGCCCUGAAAUAGUAUUGCUGCCUGGGGGAUUCCUGAAUUGGUCUUCAACUCCUAUGUUUGACUGCCUUGUUCGCCCUCCUGCGAAGGGUGUCUUUGUUUUUGUUCAUCAUAGGUCUGAUCUAGCUUUUGCUGUUUUCAGUGGCCCCUAGAAUUGUACAACGGCUCUUAAAACUACCUGCCAUUCGGGCUGUCUGUAAUUUCACAGCUGUGGAACCAAUAGCAAAAUCUGUGAAGAACUUAGAAAGUUGCACCAGACCUGUUAAAUGCAGCUGCUUAGCUCAUUCUUCCUGGUCUAGAGUGAGUGGGAGCAGAUUCAGACCCACUGCUGCUCAGCACAAACCUAAGCCAUUAACAAGAUUUGUUUUCCCGUUUGUUUUGAGGAAAUGUUUGGUUUUGUCGGGAGAGAGGUUUUGUUCUGGUGUUUGGAGGAUUUUAUUUUCCUUGGGCAUCCUGCUGGAACGGCAUCUGACAUCCAGUAUUGGCUGAAUGUUGGGCCAUUUGUAAGCCGUGAGCUGAGAUUUGUCUGCUUGACUACCACUCAUGCUAAUGGAAGCCAUGUGGCCAAUUUCCCUCAUGCACCGCUUUGGAAACCUUACCCUGCAUUACCAGCACAUUAAAAAUAAGAAGCCUGGAAACAUUUUUCUUUUAGAAAGGUCAUGUGUGCUGCUGCUGAUCUCUCCCACUGGAAGAGGCAGUAGGAUGCAGUUGCCACAAUAACCACCAUACACUAGGCUCCCCUAUGAAUUGAAUUUGCACUUCAAAUAGAGAGAGUGCAUUCAUUGAAAACUGGUGGACUAUAGUUCCCCCAACUCGCUUUGGGAUCAGCGGGGGUUGGAGACACUCUGCUUGCUGGAAUAUCCGAACUUUGAACCAUAGACGUGAUUUAAAAACCAAACAGAAAACAAAUCAAAUUUUUUCUGUAUCAGAAAACCGAACGUAGAACUGCAUGGUUGCCAGGGUUACCGUAUCCUGGUUAUAGUUCUGGUCUUUUUCUUAGCAAUUAAAGAGCAUCAACAGUAACUCUGAGAAACACAAGACCUCCCCUUGGCAUUCCACACAGCUACUAGUAAAACAUUCAGUGCAAACAUUCAGUUCCGUCCUGGGCAGAUCAUAGGUUUUGAUCACUCCCCAGAAAAGAAUGUGUUGUGGUUUGAAUUGUACAGUCCAAGACAGCAUUAUUUAUCAAUAUCAGAAUGAGUUACUAUCUGAUGGGGGGGUGCUAUUUCUGCCUAGGAGCAGUAGCCCCUUUCCCCUACUCCACUCCCUCAGUGCAGAGAAUUGGGAGGAAUGCAAAACAUGGCACUCUGAUACACAGCUGCCUCUUCUGGACAGGCACAAAACAGUAUUGAUGGGGCAACCGGCCUGCCCCUUUCUCCUGUCUGUUUUCCCUAAAAGGGUCUGAGAAAUGUGGUCUCAGAAGAAGGUCAGAAAAAAAGAUCUGUUGGCUAGUGUUAGGCAUAGAAGUCACUUGUAGAAAUCGUCCUUCCUAUGGCUGCUACAUCAAACUGUGAAACAGAGAGGCUGUGAGGGUUUGAGUGGCAUAUUCUUUAUUCUGUUUGACACUAUGAUGGAUCACAGCAGGGAGGUUGACCUGCUAGAGUGGGACACAUGGUUAACCCUGUAUUGGUGAAACUGGUUGCUGGCAUAGCGCUGGUAUUCAAAUUUUCCUAGUGCUGAAUGUGCUGCAGUAUUGGCAGGCUGCAUGAGAAGCCAGGGUCAGGAAAUCCUGAGUCCAGAUGCCAUCUAGCAGCAGCGCAGACAAGUCUCGUAAUUCAUAAAUAUAAGGCUGCUACUGUUCAUGUAUGUCUAACUCAUCUGCAGGAAUUUUUCUGAUGGCAGCGUGAGGGCAUCUCUCUGUGUGAGAGAGUGAGGGUCAUUCCACCUGACAGCAUAUCCAUUCUCGCUUUUGUUUCAUGCAUUCAGUGGAUCAGUGAUUACAGUGGUGCUAGUGGAAGUGAGAGCCUAAUAGCACUGCUGAAAGCUUGACAUUUUGGUAAAUAAGGGCUGGCUGGCUGGUUUUUGUUUUUUUUUUCUUCACAGUUAUGCAGUUUAAUCCUGACCAACAAUGCACCUUCCAUGCCAGGCCUGAACUUCCCCCAAACAAAAGUUACCCAUCCUGCAGAAUGGUGAAGUAGUUUUAUAAUGCGAUUUAGACGGUAGCUUGUGAUAUGCUCAGGAUUUGAACCCAGAGUUCAUCCCAAGAGACAAAAGGCUAUGGCAUUGAUGUGCUGUCCCUUAGCCCCAUGUGUUUCUCCUGGUAAUGGAAAAUACCUUUCCCCCUUUUAUAUCCUGUGCUCACCAUCAAAACCUGCAUCAGGUCUGUAAAUCCAUCCACACCCUGGCUUGCAACUCCCUUCAAUGAGGAGCGGGUUUAAUUAUUAAGGUACAGGUAACGUAAGGGGGUUCUGUCACAUAGAUAGCUGAGUCUAGUUCUCCCUUUACAUAUGCUUAGCCUUUUUUAAAGAGUUGGACCAUCUGAACAUAAAUACUUUGGACAACUGUAAAUGAUUAGCUGUACUACUAAACUCCUAAUCAAGUAUAAGAUAUUAUUGCACUGUGUUUGCCCGCCACUACUGGAAGCUUAUUACUUUGCAAUUGUCAUUCACGUUCAUUUGUACUUAGUUUUUUAACCUUGUACAUUACUGGGCCCAGGUUAAUUGGUUAUAAUAUGUUUUGUGAAGUGGGUGCCUGCCUUAUCUGUUUCUGGGGUUUGUUCGGGUUUUUACGUGCUGAUGUAUCAUUGCUAACAAUUGAUCUCUUUGCACUUUGUCUAUAAAUAUUACUUGUGGUUCAUUUCCUCUAGUUUUAUUGCUCCACUUACAAGUCCAUGUUCAUUUUCUCAUGUGCCCUUUAGCUAAUUGUCUGCUAAAUGAGAAGUCAUGGUAGUCCAGAACGAGGAGAAAAAAGAUAUGGGGUGUGCUACCAGUCGUGCCAUAGGCUUCCUGUGGGACCUGAGGCAAGUCUUUUAACCCCGCUUCCUGCCUUAGUUUCCCCAUGUGUAAGAUGAGUGUAAGACUUCUUCACAGGGUUGUUGUCAAGCACCUUGACAUACUCAGAUGGAAGUUGGUAAGGAAGCAUGAAGUAUCUUUUUAAUCAAACACCAAGAUUUAAAACUGAAAAGUCAUUUUCCCCUAUUGUAAGUGCCCUCUCUCAGAAACCCAUUGUGUAAUAUCAUCAGAUACGGGACACAAGCAUGUAAGCCCAUUGGAUUUGCUUGACUCAAAACAGACACUUUACAUCCUUCUGGUUUCCAAAGAGAAAUAAAUAGUCAAACAUCCUCUUCAGGCCCUUACCCAUUUUCUCAUUAUUCAAAUAUUUGUGGUAACAAAGAAUGAUAGUUAAUGCAUGUGUAAUGAUAAUCUGAUGGGGACCUGGCAAUAAGUCGGAAGCAUAGUGACAUAGAGCAGAACAUGGACAUUUCUGAACAAACAGGCUUGAGUGCAGGCUUGAGUACAGGCUUGACUGGGCAGAAAGAAGUGUACUACGAGACUGGCCUACCUAGCUUUUCCAAAUGUAUUAUUGUGAGAACAACGUAAUUGUCAGGUUGAGCCAUCUAUCACUUUCCAGCACCUGUAUCUUCUGUUCAGCUCAUUUGUAAGGCGAUUUUUCACACUGCAGGUGUCCAGCAUACUCUUCAGAUAUGUUGUAACACUAACAUGAGGCACACCUUAGGCGUUCGUAAAUUGCUUCAUUACCCUUGUGUUUGAAUGUAUAUAUCAAGCAAACCAUUCACUUAGGCAUCCUCAGUGGUCUCAUUUAGCUGUUAUAUAAAUAACAAUGCUGGCAAGAUCUGACCUUAGGGAUUCAAACUUACCUCUGUUUUCAUUUGAAAAUAAGUUCCCACAAAUCAAAAUUUCCAUACACUUGUCUCAUGGCGCUCUUUCUUAUGAGUAAUCAACUCAUUUGCUCCCCUGAGUAGCUUAAAAACGGAGCCACCUCACACAAUAAUAUCCUGUGGUAAAUUAGUUUCUGGACUGAUUCCAUUUCGCUUACAUUAUUUGUCUUGUAACAAGUGACUAAAACCAGACUGCUGUUCUAUCUGCCUUACCAGGCUAGUGACAAAAAUGAACCUUGUAAAUACCGCAAGUGUCUGUUAACUCUAUUAUUUAACUCUGUAAAGCAUUUGGGGGAGAGCAUUUGUAUGAAAUACAAAAUAAAGUGGUACUGUCAGUU